GGAGAACUUUCGUUGAUGGAAAUGAAAUCCUCUGUGUACCGCUGCCGCUUCUUUUUUCUAAAAAAGUGUGAUCACAGAUUAAAUAGAUAAGAAACCAUAAGAAUCUACAGAAUCAGAUCACGAGCAUAAUUAAGCGAGUACUGUUAAUUUCACCCUUGGUCAUCUCACGUGUUGCUCAUCUUACUGACAAACAUUUUUUACCGUUUUUUUUUAUUUAGCAAAUUUUCUGUAGUCACUAAUUAGAUUUAAAAGAGAUGUACGACGGCGAAGUUCUUAUUGUCUCUUCUUGUAGAACGCCCAUAGGUUCAUUCUGUGGCUUGUUAUCAUCUGUAAAAGCAUCAGAUUUGGGAAGCAUUGUUAUUAAAGAAAGCUUAUCAAGAGCUAGUUUAAAAUCUACUGAUGUAUCCGAGGUUAUAUUGGGACAGGCAUUGACAGCAGCUCAAGGCCAAAAUCCAGCAAGGCAGGCUGCCAUCAAAGCUGGUCUUCCUGUAACUGUGCCAGCUUAUUUGGUAAAUAUGCUGUGUGGAUCUGGCCUCAAAUCCAUUAUAAAUGGUUACUUAUCGAUUAAAUCUGGAGAGAGUGACAUAGUAGUAGCUGGUGGUCAAGAAAGUAUGAGUCAAUCACCUCAUGCUAUACAUCUAAGGGAUGGAGUAAAAAUGGGUGGUGGCACAAUGAUUGAUACCAUGAUUUUUGAUGGACUUACUGAUGCUUUCGGCUACAUUCAUAUGGGUGUUACAGCUGAAAAUAUUGCCAAAAAAUUCGGCAUAACUCGAGAAGAACAAGACGAAUUUGCUGCCAAGUCACAACAAAAAGCAGAAAUAGCAAUAACAAAAGGUUAUUUUGAUAAGGAAAUCGUAUCAGUGCCAGUUACGGUAGGAAAAGAAAUGACAUUUAUAGUAAAGGAUGAAUAUCCAAAAGCUGGCACAACAUCUCAAGGCCUUAGUAAAUUAAAACCAGUUUUUGUCAAGGUUGAAGGUACGGUAACGGCAGGUAACGCUUCCGGAAUAAAUGAUGGUGCAGCAGCUGUGGUUCUAAUGUCUAGAGAGGCUGCUGAAAAAAAAGAAAUUACACCUAUCGCUCGAAUCGUCGCAAUAGCGGAGUCUGGAGUUGAACCCAAUUUAAUGGGUACAGGACCUAUUCCUGCUGUUGAAUUGGUGCUGAAGAAAGCACAGUGGAAAAAAGAAGAAGUUGACUUGUAUGAGCUUAAUGAAGCUUUUGCCGUUCAAUCUCUCGCCUGUUUACGUGCUUUAGGACUAGAUCCUGACAAAGUCAACAUUAAUGGUGGGGCGAUUGCUCUUGGACAUCCCAUCGGUGCUUCAGGAGCUAGAAUUGUUGUGACAUUAUUACAUUUACUUCAACGAAUCAAAGGAAAAAAGGGCAUUGCUUCCCUGUGCAUUGGAGGGGGAAUGGGUAUUGCUGUUGCUUUAGAAAUAAUUUAAAGAUGCUGAUGAAUUAUUUAUGCAAGCAAUACACCAAUGAUUACGCAUUCCUUUGCUUGAAAAUUUAUCGAAGACAUGAACAAUGAACUGAACUAAAGUUUCUUAUAUCUCAGAACGUCACAACAAACUGUAAAUGUGAUUUAUUGUUAAAUGCUGUAAGAAAAAUCUUGCAAUAAAAUAAUACAUGCAAA